ACUUCCCUUCCAGCUUCUAACUCUCCAACUCACCUCACUUUCCUUUCUCCUGCAGCUAUACUUUUCAAAAACAGAGAACCUUAUUUAACCUCAAAAUUCACCCACUUCCACUACACAUCUACACCACUUAAAAAACAACACAAAAGAAAGAAGCAAGAGAAAUGGCCUUUUCAACACUCAACUUUCUCUUUCUCUGUCUCCUCCUCCUCCGAGAUUUCUACUUGUCCAGUUCUCAGUCGUUUAUUGGCAUUAACUAUGGUUUAGUUGCCGACAACCUCCCGCCACCGACGGCCAGCGCGAAGCUUCUACAAUCAACAGCCAUACAGAAAGUAAGACUAUACGGUGCCGAUCCAGCUGUCCUUAAAGCUCUUGCAAACACCGGAAUCGGCGUCGUUAUCGGUGCAGCAAAUGGCGAUAUUCCUGCUUUAGCUUCCGAUCCUAACUCCGCAACUCAAUGGAUCAACGCAAACGUCUUACCUUACUACCCCGCUACCAACAUCAUCCUCAUCACCGUUGGUAACGAGGUAGUUUUAUCUGGAGAUCAAAAUUUAAUCUCUCAGUUAUUACCAGCAAUGCAAAAUAUUGCAAACGCGCUUAAUGCUGCAUCACUGGGUGGCAAGAUUAAGGUGUCAACCGUACAUUCUAUGGCAGUGUUGUCUCAGUCCGACCCGCCAUCUUCCGGGUUGUUUAACCCGUCUUAUCAAGAUACCAUGAAAGGGUUAUUGCAGUUCCAAAGAGAUAAUGGGUCUCCGCUUACUAUCAAUCCUUAUCCCUUUUUUGCUUACCAGAGUGACCCCAGACCCGAGACUUUGGCUUUUUGCUUGUUUCAACCUAACUCGGGACGAAUUGACUCGGGUAAUGGGAUUAAGUACAUGAACAUGUUUGAUGCUCAGGUAGAUGCUGUGCGUUCUGCCUUGAAUGGAAUUGGAUUCAAGGAUAUCGAGAUUUUAGUUGCUGAGACUGGUUGGCCUUACCGGGGUGAUAGCAAUGAAGUUGGUCCUAGCGUUGAGAACGCAAGAGCCUAUAAUGGCAACUUGAUUGCUCACCUUAGAUCAUUAGUUGGGACCCCAUUAAUGCCUGGAAAGUCUGUAGAUACAUAUCUCUUUGCACUCUAUGAUGAGGAUUUGAAGCCUGGACCUUCCUCCGAAAGAGCUUUUGGCCUUUUCAAAACUGACCUUUCCAUGGCAUAUGAUGCCGGUCUUUCAAAGGCUAGUGUGACUCCAUCAAGCCCCAAAACUCCUGCGACUCCAUCAACAAAACCAACAGGAGCGGGUUGGUGCAUGCCGAAGUCUGGUGUUCCUGAUGCCCAAUUGCAGGCAAGUCUAGACUAUGCCUGCGGUCAAGGCAUAGAUUGCAGCCCAAUUCAGCCAGGGGGUGCUUGUUUCGAGCCAAAUACUUUAGCAUCACAUGCUGCUUAUGCCAUGAAUCUCUACUACCAAACUUCUAGCAAGAACCCGUGGAAUUGUGAUUUCUCACAGACAGCUACACUGACAUCAAAAAAUCCUAGUUAUAACGGUUGUGUAUACCCUGGUGGAAGUACCUGAAAAGCAAGAGGAGGCACAUUUGAGGACAGAACAGAAUAAUGAAUUUAAAUAGCUAAAUAAGGAAAUAGGUGUAAUCUUAAUGGGUUCUUAUUUGUAGCUCUAAUUGUAAAUUCUCCCCUUUAAUUGGAGCACUGAUGUAUGUAGAUCUCUCUCUCUCUCUCUCUCUCUCUCUCUCUCUCGCCAUGUUUAUGUGAUCUCUCCUUUUAGGUGGCUGAAAAGUAUUGCCAGAAAAUGAAAUCAUGUUAAGCAGUCUCACAUACCAUGUUUCAAAUUUAUUAUUAUCCCCAAGAUAUAAGUUGGCAUUACCUCA